CGGACGAAUAAAGCUGUCCGCAAUCACAAGCUGCCAUUCAGUUGCGGCGUAAGUAAGUAGCGAAGUGGAGCUUAUCCCGUCAACGUACGAAUUUCGAAAAUAUUCGCGAAGUUAAUUCCAAAAAAAAAAAUAAAAAAUUAAUGAAAUUUUAGUAAAAUAAAAAAUUUUUAAUUAAAAAAAAUGACCGCAAAAGCUAGUUGCUGUGUCGUUGGCGCCGGUGCAGCCGGUCUCUGCGCGCUCAAGUAUGCGCUCGAGUACGGCAUGGAGGCGGUGGCGUAUGAGAAAUAUAAUGAAAUCGGUGGCACCUGGGUGUGUACAGAGCAUGCCGAGGAUGGUUGUGCCACAGCGGAGGAUGUGCACAGCAGCAUGUAUGAUGGAUUGCGCACCAAUUUGCCAAAGGAAGUAAUGGAUUUCCCGGAUUACAAAUUUCCAAAGAAUAUUCGUGAAUCUUAUAUUUUAGCCAGUGACGUAUUGAAGUACUUUCAAUCUUAUGCAGCACACUUCAAACUGCAGCCGCAUAUCAAGUUACAACAGGAAGUGGUGCGCGUGCGCCCCUUAAAUGGCAAGUGGGAGGUGUUAACGCUCGAUUUACAAAGCAACAGCUACACGACGGAGCAAUUCGAUUAUAUUUUCAUAUGCAACGGACGUUAUGCGACGCCCUCUUAUCCGCAUACGGCGGGCAUUGAUCUCUAUAAAGGCCAUAAAAUACACAGUCAUGUCUUUCGCACUGCAGAGACAUUUAAAGAUGCCACUGUACUUAUGGUAGGAGCUGGUCGCAGCGGUAUGGAUAUCACGCACCACAUUUAUCCCUAUGCCAAACGCAUAUACCUGAGUCAUCAUCUCCAGCAAAAGCCGCCAAUCACCGAUUUCAUGCCGAAUGUUGUGCAGAAGCCGGUUGUAGAACGCUACACGGAGAACGGCGCCAUCUUCAAGGAUGGUACACAAGCCGACUUUACGCAUAUUAUCUUCUGCACCGGCUACAAUCUGACGAUACCAUUCCUCAGCGCCGACUGCAAUCUGCAAGUGCACGAUAAUUUGGUGUAUCCGCUCUACAAGCACUGCAUCAAUAUCUACCAUCCCACAAUGUGUUUCAUUGGUUUGCCUAUCUACGCUUAUCCAAUACAAUUAUUCGAUUUGCAAGCGCGUUUUGUAAUGCAAUAUUAUAGCGGUAAACUGCAAUUACCGAGUGCGGAGGAUAUGCUGGCCGAUACGGAGCGCGAUUUAGCUGAGAGGAGAGAGCGUGGUUUGCCGCGCAGGAAAUUGCAUGUGGUGGGCGACAGACAGUUCGAUUAUUAUGAUGAGCUGGUGGCACUAACCGGCAUCGACAAUGUUAGACCAGUGAUCAGAAAACUUUCGAAAAUCUGCGGUGGCAAAUUUCUUUACGAUUUACAAAACUACCGCAAGACAGCAUUUAAAGUUAUAGACGAUGAGAAUUAUGUACAAUUCAAAUUAGGUGAAGUGUAAGCAGAAAUAUUGUAUAUUUUAUUUUUAAUAAAGAAACCACAAAAAGCACAGAA